AUGGCUCACGCACACAUUCGCCGCAUUAACCGUUGUAGCAUAGGCGUGGCCCUUCAGGAAAGUUGGACGAAGGAGUGCCCGGCUCAUCCACGCAAAGCGCCUGAACCAGAUCCCCUGACCAUAGAGUACCUGGUGGACGAUUGUUUGACUUUUCUUCUGAAGAAGGGUGCAUACCUCGUUGAUCCCAAUCCCAUCGAGUUUUUCAAAAGUUUCCAUCCCAGCGAGCAUGUUGUGGAGAUCAUCGUGCCUCUGUACUCUGUUAAAGAUAAUGUGGAAGACUACUUCCCCAAAGAUCAUCCCAAAAACGAAGGCAAGUCCCAAGCUCGUAUUCGUCGAGUACUGAGUAACAUCUUCCAGGCUGUCAAUUGUAGGAUUCUCGCGAGUCUGUUCAGGGAAAACGAAGAAUGCUGGCGUUGGCGGAAUACGUCGGCUGCUCAAAGAACUCGGAAGCCAACGGAGAAAAAGCGCUACAUGGAAGCCAUGCAAUCGGCCAAACGAACCGGAUUGGGGAAGAGAAAGAGCAUCAGCUCGCGACAGAGCCCAGUCCCUAGUAGACCAAUUUCUGAUCAGGACGAAGGCCUCGUUGGAGUGACAGGUGGUGGCCUGGAGUGGAAGAGCCUCCGUUACCUGUUCCACAUGGAAGUUGGAGACGGCAUGGUGGCUCGCUACAUUGUGGAGUGUCUCGACGCGCCUCCAGGGAAAGACGUCGAGACUGGUACUGUGAGCCUCACAUGGAUGCAUGAGCCUGGCACGUGCUAG